GUCUACACUAAAGUAGUUGCUAGUGCACAGGUGAUGACUGGCCAUAGGUUCAACGAAAAGACCCUGCCAAAUCUGCGCUCUCCUUAAACUCAAGCUCCCCAAGAGCGUGCCUCGCCGAUUCACAACAUGCAAGCCCCAGCCCUUGAUACUCGCACCUGUGCCCUGUGGGAGCAACCAUACCCCUACGUCUAUUCUUCACUUCCUUCCACAAAUUGCUGGGUCAAGCAGCGUCUCGUUUGAAUUGUGCAGCUUGUCAUAUCACAGAUAUUUUCAUACGAUGAGACGGGCAUCCCCGCAUGGCCACUCAUGUCGCCCUCGCGUCGGCACCGGGACCUAGCCUCCUUCAACGCUCGUUGUUACCCGAUCUCGUUCUCCUGCGCCCAGGCCUUGGGCGCUGCCACCGCCACCGCGUCUGCUUCUGUCGGCCCACGUCGCAUCACGCAGGCCCCAGGCAUGAGCGGAGGCGGCCUCUCCAGGAGUCACCCUCAAUACACGCUUCAAUGUCCAUCGGCGACACCCCACUCUAGCGCCAUCCCGUCGCCGGGGCCUUGAAAAGCGAGUCAGCGAGUGUAGAGACUGAGUUCCAUAGUGGAGAGGGGCGAGACUGCGACCAUGUAAUGACUCGUCAAAGGUUGCGACUUAACAAAACGACACCUCAUCAGAGACAUGGUCAGAGGGAGGGAAAGAUCCCAAAUGCGUGACCCGUCAGAAAGAAGGAAUGAAGAUGAGACAAAGAUGUCUCCACUUGGG